UAACUAGUCGUUGUACGGAUAGUAAGCUAGCGGAUAAUGCAAAUAUAAACUGAUAUAAUGACCGCGGUUUGUUGCUUCUAGCUUUAUUAUGCCGGUGGUUUUAAGUAACUGGGCCGAACCUUUCCUGUUGGAUUUACAUUCGUAAAAAUGUGGUUCCGUCGUCAAAGCGAGAACAUAAGAAUUUGGUAGCUAACUAAGUUAGCUCUAGCUAGCUAAUUUUUGAAGGUUCCGCAAGGCCGCGAAUAAUUACAAGAUCUGCUUCCUGUUGUUGCUUUCCUGAGAAUGUAGCUUACAAAACAAGUCUUCUACGCAAAACGGACACCGAAGCAGCUAGAUCUGCGCUGUAAACCACUGCACUUGUUAUUAGAAGAGCUUCGGGGCUAACUAGCUUGCUAGCAUGAGUGAAGUGACGGACUGCAAACUGUCCGCUGACUCUGCGUCGCGGAAACGGUGUCCAUCACCCGACCAGGAUGAAGCGAACACGAUUCCCCCAAAGUCAUCUAAAGUAAGUGACGAUGCCAUUCCAACAAAGGUUGCAUCAAAAAGUCACAGAAAUAUUCAGAUUGAACUCCGAGAAGUAGCUGAAACGGAGGCAAAACAUAGUGUAGCUGCUGCUUUGCAGCUAGAUCAGGGCUCAGACGGUCCCGAUGGCAGCAGUGUGCAGCCUGCCAACAGCUCCAAAGCAGGCGGUCACGGUGCCAACCCCACUGACAAACCGCAGGCCCCUGACGCACACGCAUCCAUAGCGUCAAAAGAGGAAGCAGGAAAGACAGCAGGAUCCGAUCGGCGUCUCUCAGCUCCCGUGGAUCAGUCAGACUCAGCAGCCAUAGCAGCAGCUGAAGCCCUCGCCAGUCUCACUGGAGGAGAUGGAAAAGAGAGUCAGGAGACACCAUGUUCCUCAGACAAGGGUAAACAGGUCAGACAUGGCAGUAAGUACAAACAACGGGUAGGCCACCAGUCCUUAAAAGCUGGCUCGAAAACACAGGCAGCAGCUGCAGACAGCUCCACGUCGGUGCAUCGUGCUGACAGAGAAGAUGGAGAGGGUGCUCCUGAGGCAGAUGAAGGGGAUGAAUCUGGAUCUGGGUCUUCCUCAACGCCGAGCACCUCUUUUCCAUCUGACAACGAAGAUGGGGAGUGUGCUAUUGUGUCGGUUAAAAUGGCCCCAGAGAUGAGACAGUCGGUGGCUCUGCUAGCACAAGUACAGAUGAGACUCGAAGCUUUCGAGAAGAAGAGCGCUCGCCUUUACCAACGGCUGGAGCAGAAGAUCAACCGUCAGAGGCGUCCACAUCUAGAUCAGAGAAGCUCCAUCACAAAAACCAUCCCUGGCUUUUGGGUGACGGCUCUGCUAAACCACCCUCAUCUCUCAGCUCAUAUUGAUGAGACGGAUGAAGAUGCUCUCAGUUACAUGACCGACCUGGAGGUCGAGUCUUUCAAAAAUAGCAAACUGGGCUACAGAAUCCGCUUCCACUUCAGACGAAACCCAUAUUUUCAAAAUAACAUCAUCAUGAAGGAGCUGCACCUUGGGAUGGGAGGCUCGCCCAAGUCUUUCUCUAAUCCCAUACUCUGGCACCGUGGACACAACCUGACGGCUAACAGUGAGCCCAGGAAGUCAUCACGAGGAGUUUAUGAGACCUUCUUCAGCUGGUUCAGUGACCAUAGUAGCCCAGGACAGGACGAUGUAGCACAGAUUCUUAAAGAUGACCUCUACAGGGACCCGCUGAGGUACUACCUCACUCCCCUCUGGGAACCCAGAGAGAACGGCAGCAGCAGCACCGAGGCCCGAGCUGCCGAUAAUGGGAACGGAGACGAUUGCGUGGUGAUUUCCGACUCAGACGAAGAUACCGGUGAAGAAGCUGGUGAGACGAAACAAGGCCAGGGCAGAAAGGAGGAAGAGGAGGAGGAGGAGGACAGAGCGGCAGGGGGAGAUGAGAGCGCGGGGGAGGAAGGGGAGGAGGAGCAAGACGAUGCUGGUGGAGAAAUAGUUAUUGAUGCUUCUGAUGAAAGUGACCAGGAGGAGGAAGAGGAGGAGGAUGAGGAGGAGGAGGCAGCAGCCUAGAGCGACGCUGAAGAUAAAGAAGCUGCAUAUUAAUCAGCCACAACAUUAAAACCUCCUGCUGGUCUUGUUUUGGUCCUUUUUUAAUGUCCAACAUGGCCGCCGGACCCCUGGCACUGUCCCGUCAGUGGUUUUAAUAUUGUGGCUAAUGUUGUAUGAUGUAGAGGGCGAGCUGCCGCAGGGACCAGAGGAGGCUGCGUUCACGGAAACAAACUGGUGAAAAGUUCUUCCUGAUUUUUAUGCUCAGAUUAUUGGUCUUUGUUUUUAUACGGAAACACUCAGAAGCUUCUCAGAUCAGGGUCAACCGCAGCAGUAAAGCCAAGGCAGCAUGUCUCCCCUCCGUUUUCUACAGGCGGUCGUGUGUUUUCUGAUGUACUCGUUCACCUUUCAACCCUCUCUCCAAACACUGAAGUCCUCCGAGGCAUUCGCCGUGAUCAGACCCGGUCUUUUGUUUCAGAAGCGACUCGUGGCUGCAGAAAUGCAUCAUGGGUAAAUGUGUGAUGAGUACAUUUCAGAUGCACAGAGUACUGAACCCAAAUGUGUUCUCAGGGAUGAUGAUGGUGGUGAGUUGUAUUUAAAACAAAUAUUAAUUUUGGAACACGUACACCCUCAUUGGUUGUAUAUACAAGCGUGUACUCUACUGUAGUAAAUAGGAAUAAUGAUUAUUUUAAUAGCCCACCUGUGUUUUCCGUCUUCUACGAGUGCUGUCACGUCUCGUGCCCUUUAACCCAUCGCUGGUAUGUUUUCACUACGCUCUAGUUUGGCUCGUGUCUCUGUGCCCCGACGACAAAGAUUAUGUUCCUAUUUUUAUUUGCAAACAUCAAUAUCCCAACCUCGUUUUCAAGUAAAUGUCUUUAAAGUUAUGAAGAUGUUGGUAUUUAUUGUUUUGUUUUCCACACAAUCACAAGAUGGCAUGCCUUUUAGCAUAGACCGUAGGGUGGGAUAAUAUUAGCAGCUACAAGCGGCUUAGCGGAGUUAUUCACAGCAUCAUGGAGUGCACUGACGAAUAGUUUUUGUUUGUUUAGUCAUGGCCCUGUAAAUACUACGUCUGCAGUGUCUUUUUGAUAAGACGGAACAUCAUUAAUGAUUAGUUUUAUCUGGAUCUCCUUUUUCAAACGUUACACGUUUAUGUUUUGUGUGCUGUUGUUUCUUAGACCAGUGUGGUUUAGUAGACUGACUCGUUUGCUGCUUUGGUUGAUUUUAUUUGCAUAAAUGUUCACCUGUUGGAUCAGUCUUAAUUAAACAGACUGUUUGAUCUGGC